GAGAAUUUCAAAACCUUGGAGUUGUCACUUUCAUCACCACGCUUUCUAACAACGUUUCUAGUAAAGUCGGCGACGACUCUAAAACCCAGCCAGGCAGCCAUUAAAAUACAGUGCCAAACUUUCAUUUUUUUUCCCCCUUUUUAUUACAGAAUUUGCAGUAAAUUCAUUUAUUGGGAGAGAGAAAAUCCGAGUAGCUUUCAUCGGCGCCGGCGAUCGGCUUCUACUCCACGAUUCGAGGCUUUCACUUCAUCUGUAAGGCAACUGAAAAUGGGGCAGGAUAAGUUUUUGGUGGUCACGGAUUUGAUAUCCGUAUCUGUAAGUGCAGUUCGUGAUGCUGUUAAGGGGUUAAAGGAAGGAGUUGAAGAUUUUGAUCCCCUUGUCAUUACUCAAGCUUCAUCCCAAAGUCUAAUUUCAGUGGAAUCCUCGUCAGUUGAUGGUAUUGUCUCUCUCGGUAAAUCGCUCGACUUUCCUAGCGAGCAAUUGCUUGCUGACAUCUCAAGAAUUCUAAAACCUGGUGGAACUAUCCUUCUCUCUUCGACCCCUGAAAUUUCUCAGGGGCAAACGCUCAACUCUUCCCUUGAGCGUAAGUUGCUGCUGGCUGGUUUUCUGGACCUGAAAUCCUCUUCUGGUGGCAAUUCNCUCUUGUUUUCUUUCAUUGAGCUGUCCAUUUUAGUAGCUGAAGUCGUGGGAAAGAAGCCCACAUGGAAGAUCGGUUCAUCUUUUUCCAUUAAGAAAAUCUCACAAGCCUUACCCAAAGUUCAGAUCGACGAUGAUGUGGACUUGAUUGAUGAGGACAGCCUCUUGACUGAAGAGGACCUCAAGAAACCCCAAUUACCACCUGUGGGUGAUUGUGAAGUUGGGAGCACAAGGAAAGCUUGCAAAAAUUGUACUUGCGGACGAGCUGAAGCAGAAGAAAAAGUGGAAAAGCUUGGACUUACAAUGGAUCAGCUGGAUAAUCCUCAAUCUGCUUGUGGAAAUUGUGGACUUGGUGAUGCUUUUAGGUGUGGUACAUGUCCCUAUAAGGGCCUUCCUCCAUUUAAGCUAGGCGAAAAGCCAUUUGCAGAGAUUUCGAAAAAUAUCUCCGGUGACGAAGAAGAAGAAGAAGAAGAGAGAGGAGAAAACAUGGGUUUGAAGGAAGAAUUUGAGGAGUAUGCAGAGAAAGUCAGGACAUUGCCCUCGAGUCCCUCAAACGAGAACUUACUUAUUCUCUAUGGCCUUUACAAGCAAGCUACUGUUGGAAAUGUGAACACGAGCCGUCCGGGUAUGUUUAACAUGAAGGAAAAAGCUAAGUGGGAUGCAUGGAAAGCCGUUGAAGGAAAAUUACAGGAGGAGGCAAUGAACGACUACAUCACUAAGGUGAAGCAGUUGCUGGAAGAAGCUGGGAUUUCUUGUUGA